GUAUGUGAUGAAAUGUUAAAGUAUAAUGAUUUAAUCAACUUUGUACUGGCCCAUGAGUUUUUCCUGGAGUUGCUUGAGACUCAUCACAAACGUCUGUUUGAAGUUCUUAAGUUGCCUCUUGUGUGCAGGAUUACAAAGCUACUAAUCGAUCAACGAGCGAAAAAGCUAUUUUUCUGGAAAGAACUUCUAAAAUCAUACAACCAAAAAAGGCCUUACUAUGUUGAAUUGUCUUUUGGUUAUGAUUACGUGGCGAUUGACAUAAAAGAAACAAAUAACCUGUAUAAAAAGUGCACUGAACGAUUUAAAACAAUGGGAAAUAUUACUGCUGAGGCGAUAGUUAACUUAUGCAUCUGGAACCCGAAUUUGAGAGUUUUGUCCCUUAAGGGCACUGAAAUCCAUGGAAGUAUUUCCGAUAUCGCUCCACAUUGCGGAAACCUUGAAAAAUUGAGAAUUAUGAUAAAUCCGAGAAGCAGUGCUGCUCAAUUUGCAUUGUUUGCUAAGUUACCUAACUUGAAAACUUUUAUCAUUACUGGAAUUCAACAAAGCGGUUCAUCAUUGCUUUUCUUUAAUGAUUUAAGAAAAUGGUGCAGACCAAAAAGCCUUCAACCUUUGACACUGGCCAUCGAAUAUUGUAAAUGCGAUAAAAGGCAAUCUACCGCGAUAGAGAUAUUUGACGCACUGCGAUGUUUUCGCAUGUACAAACUUUAUGAGCAUUUAGGAUAUAAUUUUGCGAGAUGCGAAUACGAUUUACAUAAAAUUCCGGAAGCCAAGAAUUUAGUGCAGGAAUCCCCUGAAACCUUUCCUCUAUAUGAUGGUGUCCAAAUGGAGUUUGAAAGGUAUGAAGGAGAACUUGUGCUUAAUAUAGAUAAAGAUUCGGGCUUAAGUCAGAUGGGAUGCUUUUCAAAGCUACCCAAUCUAAGUCACUUGGUCAUAAAAAACACACCAACUUAUGUAAAAGAACGUAAUUCACUUGCGAAAUUAUUUCAAUUAAUGGUCCCAAAAGGGACAUUCGCCUUGAAAUCUUGCAUAAUUCAGCUUACAAUAGAUCGAUUAGAGUCAAUUGAACUAGCGAAAGUAGAAUCAAUUCGAUUUCUGGAGUGCCAUUUAUCUGAGUGGGAAUCGAUUAAGUAUUUAUGUAAACUAACUAACUUGCAACACGUACUAAUUAAUGUCUGCGAGCCCAUUAAUUCCAAUACUUCGGAGCUAGUCUUUAAUCUGCUAUCUGCAUGUCGGAUAAAAGCUGAGAUAGCUUGCAAAGAUUUUAAAUUAAAGAUGAAAGGGAGAACGGUGUAUAUUAGUAUGAAAAGACGGUGUAAUGUUGAUCCUUUUUCAUCCUUUGCCCAACCUAUGAACAUUAGCACUCUCUCAGUGCCCACAAAUACAUAUACACUAAAUCAACUCUUCGAAGCAUUCGCCACCAGUAAUGUAAAUUCAAUCGAAGAACUGUUUUAUGAGAGUUCGGAAAAUAUUCGAUUUGAAGACAUCUCAAAAUUGACAGAAAUUCAAACCAUUAGGAAACUGACAUGCCCCGCAUUAAUUUUAACUGGAAUUGAAAAAUUGGCUGAGUUGAAUAAUCUUGAAGACUUGUAUAUAACCGGAAAAGGAAACCUAGCCGCACUUUUCACAAAAUUGGCUGAAAAAAAUAAAAUUAAAAGUAUUAGACUUGACAAACAACUUGUUCCCGAAGAAGUAUUAAGGGUUUCCGAAAUAAAGUCGCUGAAAAAACUGCACUGCAGUUUUUUUAACACGCAGGACUUACAAUCCUUGUCGGCGCUAGCUAAGUCGAGUAUUGAAGAAUUGAUUGUAGAUCCAAGCGAUUCCCUGCAGAAUUUAUUUGCAGCGUUUUCUUCAAAUAGUACUACCAGGCUGCAGCACCUGAAAAUUAAUUACAAAAAUCUUACGAUAACAGAAAUGUCUGAAAUUUCUAAAAUAACAAAUCUAAAAAAAUUAAGUGCACGAUUCUUUAAUGCAGAAUGUACGCAGAUGUUAGUUCGAUUAGCAAAUCUGGAGCACUUAGUAAUUAAAAACGUUUUGGGAUAUGAAAUAAGCCCAUUGGAACAUCUUUUGUGGGAUUCGGUUCACAAGUCACCGAUUACUCUUAGAAAAUUAGACUUAAAAGUCUGGAUUGGAUUCAACGAAUGUAACUCCUUGACUCAACUUGAAACUUUGGAGUCUUUAAGUUGCAAAUUAAACAAAGAACCGGGUAUAGAAAUUUUGGCGAACAUAAAUAAACUAAAAGAGCUAAUCAUCUAUAAGGCAGAGGGCUCUCUCAUUGAACUUUUCCGGGCUUUUGCAUUGAAAAGUGAGUCAACUUUACAAGAACUUCAGACACCAAUUAUAUGUUCUGAUGAGAUACGUGAAAUAUCGCAUAUUGAAUCGCUUUUAAAGUUAAUCAUUUAUAAUAAAAGAGAAAAUAAGUUCAUCUGCCUAAAUCCUUCAAAUGGCCAUAAUUCACUAACCAUAGAUAGCAAUAUAUUCUUGCCGAUUUUUCAAUCUUGUCAAAAACUCGAUUGCGUCACAGUCGAUUUUGAAUUCGGCGUGGCAAUGGCUUUCAACUUUGUAAGCGAAGUAAACACAAUUUUGAAAUCCAUAAGGGAUCCUUUACUUCAAAAACCGCUGAAACUGGCUUUACGUGGAAAAUCCACAUUACAUUCAAAAUUACAUUUAGAAGACAUAGAUGAAGCAUUCUUGACAGUCUUCUGUUACACAUAUAAAUCAGAUCUAUAUACGACUGCAGGACUUUUAUUUGAUUAUUCCGAAUCAGAUUCCGACGACUCAGACGUCUCCGACCAAGAUGAAUAUGAAAACUUAAUAAACAAUUUCAAUCUCCUUUCUGGCUGAGCAGAAAUAUGUAUUAUAAAUAUAAAUAUGACUGACUUUAAUAUAAAAAUGUAUUAAGUCAUUGAUUUAGCUGUUACUCUUGGUUAUGAUGGGUGAAAGUGAACAUCUACUGUUCUGAAAAAUUGUGCUUCGAAAAUUUACCCAACUAUCCCAGGAAAUGGACGAGAACGACAAAUUUAUUUUCGACGGCGAUUGCCUUCUGAAGAUAUUAAAAUAUGUGAUUGCUGAUUGCAACACGAAUGACCUAUGUGAUGAAAUGUUAAAGUAUAAUGAUUUAAUCAACUUUGUACUGGCCCAUGAGUUUUUCCUGGAGUUGCUUGAGACUCAUCACAAACGUCUGUUUGAAGUUCUUAAGUUGCCUCUUGUGUGCAGGGUUACAAAGCUACUAAUCGAUGAAAGAGCGAAAAAGCUAUUUUUCUGGAAAGAACUUAUAAAAUCAUACAACCAAAAAAGUCCUUUCUAUGUUAAUUUGUCUUUUGGUGAUGAUUACUUAACGAUUGACAUAAAAGGCAUCUGGGAGGACAACAAAGAACAAAUUGAUAUAAGGGGUAAAAUUUCUGCUGAAACGAUAGUUAACUUCUGCAUCUGGAACCCGAAUUUGAGAGUUUUGUCCCUUAAGGGCACUAAAAUCCAUGGAAGUAUUUCCGAUAUCGCUCCCCAUUGCGGAAACCUUGAGGAGCUAAACAUUACGCUAAAUCCGAGAAGCGGUGCUGCUCAAUUUGCAUCGUUUGCCAAGUUACCUAACUUGAAAACUUUUAUCAUUACUGGAAUUCAACAAAGCGGUUCAUCAUUGCCUUUCUUUAAUGAUUUAAGAAAAUGGCGCAGACCAAAAAGCCUUCAACCUUUGACACUGACCAUCGAAUAUUGUAAAUGCGAUAAAAGUGCAGCGAUAGAGAUAGUUGACGCACUGCGAUGUUUUCGCAUGUACAAGCCUUUUGACAAUUUUGGAUAUGCUAAUAAGACUUUUGUGAGAUGCGAAUACGAUUUACAUAAAAUUCCGGAAGACAAGAAUUUAAUGGAGAAUUCCCCUGAAACCUUUCCUCUACAUGAUGGUGUCCUAAUGGAGUUUGACAGCAAUAAAGGAGAACUUGUGCUUGAAAUACAUGAAGAUUCGAGCUUAAGUCAGAUGGAAUGCUUUUCAAAGCUACCCAAUCUAAGUCACUUGGUCAUAAAAAACACACCAACUUAUGUAAAAGAACGUAAUUCACUUGCGAAAUUAUUUCAAUUAAUGGUCCCAAAAGGGACAUUCGCCUUGAAAUCUUGCAUAAUUCAGCUUACAAUAGAUCGAUUAGAGUCAAUUGAACUAGCGAAAGUAGAAUCAAUUCGAUUUCUGGAGUGCCAUUUAUCUGAGUGGGAAUCGAUUAAGUAUUUAUGUAAACUAACUAACUUGCAACACGCACUAAUUCAUGUCUGCGAGCCCAUUAAUUCCAAUACUUCGGAGCUAGUCUUUAAUCUGCUAUCUGCAUGUCGGAUACAAACUACGAUAGCUUGCAAAGAUUUUAAAAUAAGGAUGAGUGAGAGAAAGGUGCAGAUUGAUAUGGAAAGUAAGUGUAAUGCUGAUGCUCUGUCAUCCCUUGCCCUACUUAAAAACGUUAGCACUCUCCACAUCACAGUGUCCACAAUUACUGAUUCACUAAAUCAACUCUUCGAAGCAUUCGCCACCAGUAAUGUAAGUUCAAUCGAACUGUCUUUUACGAGUUUGGAAAAUAUACGACUUGAAGGCAUCUCAAAAUUGAAACAAAUGCAAACCAUUAGAAAACUGACAUGCACCGCAUUUGAUUUAACUGGAAUUGAAAAAUUUGCUGAGUUGAACAAUCUUGAGGACUUGUGUAUAAACGGAGGAGGAAGAAGCCUAGUCGCACUUUUCACAAAAUUGGCUGAAAAAAAUAAAAUUAAAUGUUUUCGACAUUCCGAAGUAUUUGGUCCCGAAGAGGUUUUAAGGGUUUCUGAAAUAAAGUCGCUGAAAACAUUGCAGAGCGGUUUUUCUAGGUCCUGCGACUUACAACCCUUGUCGGCGCUAGCUAAGUCGAAUAUUGAAGAAUUGGUUGUAAAUCGAAUCCGUCCCGUACAGAAUUUAUUUAAAUAUGUAAAUCCUUGACUCAAAUUGAAACAUUGGAGUCUUUAAGUUGCAAAUUAAAGAAAUUUCCGGGCAUAGAAAUUUUGGCGAACAUAAAAAAACUAAAAAAUUUAAUCAUCUUUAAGGCAAAGGGCUCUCUCAGUGAACUUUUCCGGGCUUUUGCACUGAAAAGUGAGUCAACUUUACAAGAACUUCAUACAGUAAUUAGAUGUUCUGAUGAGAUACGUGAAAUAUCGCAAAUUAAAUCGCUUAUAAAUCUAAACAUUGAGAGAGCAUUUAACAACCUACACUUAGAUAUCAAUAUCUUAUUGCCGAUUUUUCAGUCUUGUCAAAUGCUCGAUUUCGUCAAAAUUGAUUUGGAAUUAGGGGUGGCAAUGGCUCCUAUCUUUUUGAGCGAAGUUAACACAAUUUUGAAAUCUAUAAGGAAUCCUUCACUCCAAAAACCGCUGAAACUGGCUUUACUUGGAAAAACCACUUCUUUAAAAUUCCAUUUUACUUUACAAAUUAGAUUUGAUCGACUCAGACAACUCGGAGUCAGACUCUCUCGACUCAUACGACCUCUCUUCAGAUUAAAAUUAAAUCUUAAUAAACAUUCAUUUUUUAAUUUGUAACAAACUGGUUUUCGUUUUUCGAAAAAGCGUUUCCCAGCUUAUUUUUAGAAAAUCAAGCUUAUCGUAGAGCGUACAAAUGUUCAAAACAACCAAAUAAAAAAGUUUAUACAUAUGUACGAAUAUAAAAAAAAAUGGUGAAAAAUAUUUUGGUCCACAUACAUGCUUAUUGUAUGCAGCUUACCCGAUCCCCUAUCUCCUUUUCUUUUUAAAAAACUCAAAAUUGAGUUAUAUAUAUAUAUAGUAAUUUUACUC